UUAAAAUGUAUUUUCUGGUUUGUAAUUUGUGAAUAAAACAACAAUUAAUGCAUAACAUUUAUAUAGUAUUUUACCCUCUAAUGCUACAUGUAUUGUGUUCUAUUAUUAGUAACAGGAUUACAUCAUGUUUACAUGUACAUGUACAUACAUGAAUUAUUCCUCCUUCAUGUUUGUAUUAGUUUUAAGAGAAGGUGAAUGGAGAGUAAGUGAAGUACUAGAUUCUACUGGUCUGACUACUGAGGCCUAUCAAGACAAGUAUCAGUUAUUAUUAAAGAAGAGACAAUGGUGGCAAGAUCAGUUUAUAGUAUACCCUACAGAGAGAGAAGUAAAACUACAAAAUUAUGUGGAAUCGCUGCAGCAGGAGUUAAGAGUAUCUGAGGGAAACAAGACCUCACUGCAGGAAGCACUCCUUGAGGCUAGUCAGCAAGACAAGACAAGAGUAGAAGGAGUGAAAGAAACUAAACUAUCUUCAACUAAAGAGGAAGUGUCUACUGGACCAACUGAUGUUUAUAAAGAUAAUGAUGAUCUUAAAGGAGAGGAGAAGGAGGAGGAGCAGACAACAGCAACUAAACAAACAACCAGUGAAGAAGAGAUUGAUAAACUUAAAGCUAAAGUUGUUGAUAUUGAAACUUAUAUAGCCACACUGACAGAGGAGAAAACUCUAACUAAUGUAGAGAAUGAGAAACUUAAAGCUAAUAUAACCAUGCUGACUGAAGAGAAAUUGCAAUUUGAAAAGAAGAUCAACAUUUCAACUGAAGAUAAUGAGAAACUUAAAGCUAAAGUUGUUGAUGAUGAAAUGGUAAUUGCUAAACUGACAAAAGAGAAAUUACAACUAAAGGAAGAGUUGCAGUCAUUGAAAGAUAUUUCAACUGAUACUAAGAGUAUUCAAUGUGACUACUGGACUAAAGCAGAAUUACCGUUUGAUGGUAUGGUAACAUUGGGUAAGAAGGUGUGUCUGUAUAAUGCUAACAGUAGUCAUGAGUUAGAGUUGGAUGAAUGUGGUCUUACCCUCUCUCUACCUGAUGGACUCUUCUCUCCAGUGGAUAGCACUGUCUAUGAAGCUGCUGCUCAAGGUCUAUGGGGAGGAGAUUUUGAGUUCCCUGGAGGCACACAUCUGAUCAGUAGUGUGUGUUACAUAUCUGUGUCUCCUACUGUUCCUGAACUGGAUAAACCAGUGACUGUACAGCUAGUACAUUGUGCUCAUUUGAGCUCUGAAUCUCAGAGUGAGUAUCUGAGCUUUGUAGUAGCUGAGGUUCAACCUGGCAAACAGUGCGGCCCUUUUAAGUUUGAGUUGUUACCAGGAGGAUCAUUCUCAGCUGAGUCUCAGACUGGUACUAUAGAAUUGAAGAGUUUCUCACUGGUUGCUAUUGUGAAGCGUGUUAUGAGGGCACUGACUAGAGCCCUACUUCCUAAUAAUCCAAAUUGUUUUUGUCGUGGCUUAUUUUAUAACAAGUGUUCAGCCAGUAAAUUGGUUCUGAGUUUCCUUGUACUACAGGAUUUACCUUCAUCAGAACAACUUCUCCAGUCUAGUGCUGUCCAGUGUCUUGGUAAUUUGGAGACAACUUUUCGCUUUCUUUUUGUAAAAGACAAAAAUUGUAUUUUAAAAGUGUCUAAUAUUCCUUCUCAUGAUGUCAAUGGCUGGCAAAUCACACCACUCAAUCCUCUUGUUAUCAGUGAGAGUCAUGUUGUUGAUUAUAGUGCCAGUAAAAGUGCUGAGCCUCCAUACAUUCAAGUAUCAGUACAACCUGAUAAAACUGAUGCUACUAACAAGAUGUCUCAUGCUUUGUCUAUUGAUGGGAUAAAGACAUCAUCUGAUGCAUCUACUGUUCAAUGGAAUAUUGAAGUAUCUAAGAAUGAUUUAUUAUCAUCAGGAAUUUCUUCUAAAAUUGAUAGAAAAAGAGAAAGAGGAUCAGAUAAUGAUCUUGAUAUUGUUAAGGAAAAGGUUGAAGAUGUUUUAAUGAAGAAUCAAGUUGCUUUAAAGAAAGCUUUCAGUUUAUCAUUGCAAAGCAUAUCAGAUGAACUCCUUCAAGUUGGUAUCAUAUCACAAGAUAUACACAGAUCACCAUCUUAUGAUGACAUCAUUGGGUCUUUCCUAGCCGGCCUUACUUUUAUAAGCAAUGAUGCCAAACUGAUGGAAAGGUGUGAUGUGUUUUUAUCAGCAUUAUCUAAAGUUGGUGGACCAGUAGCUGAUGCUGUUGAUAUGUUAAGAGAGGAAUGGAAUCAAGCUGUAACUAGCAAAAUUAAAAGAUCCUAAUGUCAAGCCUUAGUAUUCAAUGCUGCUGAUUGAAAACAUUUUAGAGUUGGAACUAGCAAUGGAGAAUUAUGAUUACAGUGCUUUUUAAAUGUAUACAUUGUAUAUUUUUAUUUGUGCUUUUAUUUUUGUUUCAUGCAAUUUCUUUAAUAUUCAAAUUUUAUGCAAAACCU